UUAUGAUGUAUAAUAAUUAAUAAAUAAUUAGUUUAUUGGUAAUCUGUGUAUAAUUAUUGCAGCAUUGGUGUUUGACACAUAAUACUGAAUACAAUAUUAUAGGGUGGUUCCUAUUUGGGAAGUGUUAUUCCUUCUUCUAUCCCUAAUUGAGGAGGGUGGCCUCAAGGUGAUACUAUUAGCUAAUAUAUUUCAUUUUUUCUAAAAAAAAAUACUGAAUACAAUAAUAAUUCGUUUGACACCUGUUCCACCCGCAUGGCCACACCCCAUGAGAGAGAUAGAGAUGGAUAAGAGAUAUGAUAGGAAAAUAAGAGAGAGAUAGAAAGAAAAAGUGGAUGGAAGAUAAAGUUGGGUGUGAGUAUAUCAAAAACCCUACUGAAUAUUGUACCAUCAGGUUACUGGGAGCAUGUAUUGCUGACUGGUGCAAACGAGGUGACAGCAAAACAUUUUCCAGAGCCAUUCUAUUUGCACUGAUAAGCAGCAAGAGUUAAAUUUUCUUUUUAUUUUUGUUCAUUGAAGCAUGAUAGUGGAGAAUGUGGAUUUAAAGUUUUGAAGGGGAAAUCUAUCUUGUUAGACCUGCUAAUGGGGUGAAUGUAGAUAUGUUACACUUACUAACUAAACCUCUUUGUGUUCGAUUCAUAAGAUAUAAUAUAGUUGAAUUAAAAAGCCUUAUGUGAACUCGCAGGAUAUGUUACACUUCCAUUUUCAGGUUAGGGUACAUAGUACAUAUAAUCAUGCACCAUUAUCCCAUCAAGUUAAAACAAAGUUCUCUAUUGCCUCAGGUUUAAUAUGUCUGAAUCUUUAUUGUGCAACUCGCAGGAUAUGUUACACUUCCAUUUUUCAGAAACCAGAACUGCUAUGCAGUUGUAUAUAAUGGAUGAUGGAUGAUGAUUUAUCAACAUCUAUAGCUACUUUGAUGCAAACUUAAUUUUGUGGAAUUAAAUCGGAGCGUGCUCUUCCAAGAACUCUGGAGGCCAAUAUCUGGAAGUUGAACUUGAUGGACGAUUUGAUAGAGACGUGCUCGAGUUUCUGGUGAAAGGUGAAGUGGUUGCUUACAGGAUGAACUCGAGGCUACAAAAUCUCAGAUCCGCAGUUGUACUUCUUCACUUCAAAAUGAGCCUGUUGUACCAGCUGAUACUACUCCAGGUACCGAAGAUAGUGGAGCUUCUCGCGAGGGUUAGUUGGAGGAGCUAGUCUUUCAUUUACGGUUUAGUUAGGGGAGUCAUGCUCUGUUAUGUAACACCGGGAAACGUUUAGUUUUGUACCUUGAUGUUAAAAGUUACCUAUGAACUCUCUUUAUGUUAAAUUUUGGAGUUGAAAUAAAUCCGCUGUGCUAUGCAUAUGAUGUUGCGACAUUAAAGUUGGAAAAUUUAUAUAUUUAUUAUGAGCAUGACAGGUGUUUUGAUUUAUGUUUCUGGAGAAUAAGUGUGACACCCUCUGUGUUAUGCAUUUUACUCUGAUUUAUGAUAUAUUAUUAUGCGGGGUUUAGAGGGUGUUACAAAAAGGGCCUUUCGUUCAGCUCCUCCUAACCCCUCUGCUAACGACAAAGCCUAUCUCAAAUGGUAUCGACAAGAGGCAACACUGGAAAGAUGUUGGGAUUCUCGACUUGAUUCAGCUGUCGAGAUCCCAAAUCUCGUAUAACCCUGCCAUGCUGUUGAGUGCGCUUUACUUUUGGGAGAGGUCUACUAAUUGCCUUCAUGUCCCCUUUGGCAUGAUUACCCCAACCCUCCUGGAUGUUGCUGCUAUCACUGGAUUAUGGCCUAUUGGUGAUGAUUAUCACUCCGUGCCUGCAGCUACUAAACCCAUCACGAUUCCUACUAAUAACAUCUCAUUUGGCCGGUUUAUUAAAGACCAUUAUGUCGAGAAUGGUGAGGUGUCUGAUGCUGAACAUGUUGCGUUCCUGUUGUAUUGGCUUUCAGCUUAUGUUUUCUGUACCAAGUCCUUGCGUAUACCCGCUAAGCUUUUACCUUUAGCCAACUUGAUCCAUGAGGGUCGACAACUCGAUAUGGCCAGGCUUGUUCUCGGCAACCUCUAUCAAAUGCUGAAUGAAGCUGUCGAGGACGUUCGGAGUACCAAGACCAUUUCUUUGAAUGCGGCUGGACCUCUGUGGUUAUUUCAACUUUGGUUGAAUGCAGUGUUCGAAUCUCUCUUGCCGGCGCGAGACAAUCCUCCGACUGGUUUUAGCACUAGGAUUGAUGCUCAUAGGCUUGAAACCUUGACCCCGGCUUAUGACUCGUCGAGUUUUGAAGCUGACUUCAGGAAAUAUUUUACCAUGUUUCUUGAGCUGAAGCAUUAUCGAUCUAGUUUUUCUCCUUAUAGCAAAGCUAGCCGUGGCCCUUUCUGGCUAAAGAACUCUUACCCUAACACAUGUGACCCCUCGUCACCCAAGGAACACCACGUUACUCUCUGGAGGACCAUCCUUUCGCCUAGGGCUUUGACUGUAGGCUUUGCUAGUAACGACUACACUUUGUGUGGCUAUAACCCUCAAUUGGUGUCUCGACAAUUUGGGCUUAGCCAGGCUUUGCCCAACACCUUGUUCGACAAGAGCCUUGUCCUAUAUCCUGGGACCAUCAAGAAGGCUUCUGCUUUUGACACAACUGUUCACUUCUAUAACAAUAAGCUUCUCAACCUGAGCCCUUUCAACUAUGCUCCUUCGUACUAUGCCACUAAUGCCUUCAAAACCUGGUGGUCUGAGUAUUGGGCCCAGAUUUCGAAGCCCCUCGUAGAUUGUCUUCAAUGCAUGACAGAUGCUUUUCUUUUGCAGAAGCAGGGCUUCAAGAAGACCAAAGGUAUGCACCUGGCAGAAAUCUGAUCCUUUCAAGAGUUCUUUGGUGUGGUAUAUUAUCCAACUCUUCGCCUUCGAGAUACAGUUGCGAAAGAAGCUCAAGUAUUAAGGAAAAAAUGGGAAUCUAAAGCUAAAAAAUCCAAGUUAGUCAUUCCUCCUGGUGAGGAAGGUCUAUCUUUUGUUAUUCGAAAAACUGGCUUUAGGUUCCCAUCCUUGCCCACGAGUAGGUUUGCAUUGGCUUUUCCACCGGUCUUGCCCAAAUGGGUUGAUCACAUAAAUAUAAACGUGUUAGCCAAUCAAGCUCUUCCUCCUCGAAAGCGAGUAACUUGGACUAAAUAUCACUUAUGGGACUUCCCGUAUCAUGUGCCCGUCGAAAUCUUCAACCACAUAUCGCUGAACAUGCGUAUUGGUCAAGGUAAUAUUUCGACUUGGCCUUGACUUUGCCGUUUUGCCUCUUAACUUCUCUCUCCAUUUGCAGCUGAAGUCAUUACCCAACCGGCUCCUCAAGUUAUUUCCCCGAUGGCCCACUCCUCUAAGGACAAGCCGGUCGAGAUUGAGGAUGAUGAUGAUGAGGACGAUAAUGUCAGCCUUGCUGACAAA